AUGGCAGACUUGGAGAAUGGGGAGACCAUAUUACCCUACAAGCGGCGGCAGAUAGGCAAAGAUAUGCCUGCUGACGUCCUUCAGAGACACCGGUUCCAGUUCAGCAGAAGCCAAAGAGAAAACAUUGGUUGUUCUAGAAAGCAAGCUUCUCACAUGGACAACAUCUUCGUAUUGUUUUCUAUCAGUAUUGUGCAUAAGUCAACAGUUUCAGACGCCCAACUCUACUCUCUUUUUGAUCAUGUAUCCGGUGCUCAGAAACUCCAGCAGCAGAACCUAACUUCUCAGGAAAUUGAUGUGCUUGAACAGAAUUUCCUGCUUACUUGUUUCAGGUAUUCGGACAAGAGCAACUUUAAAAUAACAACAGAUGAUGAGAUCGAGGUUGCACGCUCUGGGCAAUAUCUUCUGAAUCUUCCCAUCAAAUUUUGUAGUAU